UCUCACUCUCUUCACCUCUUGAGACUCAAAUGCCUCGGGCAGCCCUCGGCUGCAACUCAUGCUUUCUAUUUCGCAAUGGGGCAGAAGAUCCGAUUACAGGGGAAGGCUCUGGGCUAUACAGACCAACCUACUUUCCGCCGUAGUGACGCUCAACCGGCACUCGUUCGCUCGACGGCGCCAAUCUGUCCGACACUUCAUUUCGCGCCAAUGGUUCCAUUGAACUACCUUCCUCAUCUUGAUGGAUGGGGCAUCGACUUGUGGGAGUCUGUUUCACCCAGUUAGGCUACGGGGACUCUAUAAAAUGUUGAAGAUGUGCGGGGGCAUCGCGUCCCACUCAUUCUGUUCUCCCUGGGAUGACCACCGAAACAGCAACUCAGCUUGAUCUCCCUGCGGAGUUGGUCCUUCUCAUCUUGCGCGGCUUGGGGGUCGCUGAUGUAUUGAAUGUGUCGCGAAGCUCAUCAGCCCUUCGGGCUCUUAUACUGUCAAAUCCUAGCGCCUGGGUGCACGCUUGCGACGCAUACACGCUGCCCCUCCCCGCAGGCGAAUCUCCGCGCUCCGUCCCUGCGUCGCUGCUCCCAUAUUUCGCAGCGCGCGCCGUGUCCAUCUCUGCCCUUUUUCGCUCAUCCCGAUCAACCGCUCCAUCUCCUCUGACUAUUCUGCAUCCCCGCGGCGCGUGGGAGACGCCCGUGCUCGCGAGCGUAUGCAUCUAUUCUCAGCUAGGCACCCUGCCCCCCAACGUCCUCACCGUUCUCCCGGGCGGCCGGACGCUGUUGGUCGGACACAUCGGUCCGGGGCGUCCCAUGCAACUGGGCGUCUAUGGUAUCGGUGCGCGCGGCAAGCCAGAGGGCCAAUGGCAGUACCUCCUCGUGGAUCCGGUGUCCACGCGGUUCGACCCGCCGCAAAAGGGCGGAGAUCACGCCGUCGAUUGGGCUUCCAUACCCGGAGACGCCGACGGCGUGAGGAUCGCGGUAUUGCAAAAUCGCUAUGAUGAGAAGAGGGAUCUACGCUGCUGUGCCGAAGUGUUCCGGCUCGAUUUUACUCCAGGCAAAGCCGCCCCACAAGUCCAACGCUCGCACAGCAUCGAGCUGCCCUUCUGCGCCGAGGGUAUAUGCGUGCGCGGCUCCCUUGUGAUGGGGUACUCGGCAAACGGGCUAGCGCUGAUCGAUCUGGACACGAUGCGCCGAAUUUGUUGGAUUGUGGGCGCGAACAGUGAGCACCAGCGCGGGUCUUGGCCCUCCGAAACGAUCGCAGCGACGCUCGAUCUCUGCACCCGCCGAAUAGUUCUCGCCAUCAAUUCGGGAGCAGUGUGCUGCACGAGAACCGUUUCCUCUCUUCCCAUCCCUGAUCUCCGCGACGCAUGCUGGGGCUCAGACUGGAAUUUCUGCGCCCUCGACCUAUCGACGCACUGUGACGAAACCACGAGCUGCACGUUGCCAGCGACACCUCUCACGCGGCCCAUUGCGCAGACUGGUGCCACGCACCGACUGUUCCACAAUGACGAAGGCGAGGUGCAGCUGCUAACGACCUCCCAGGAUCGCAGACACGCGUUCGUCUCGGCUCCGAAGUCGGGUGCUCAGAGCAGCACGUGCAUGAUCACCCAGGACGUGGUGUCCUGUUCGCGCUCGUCGUUCCAUCAUCUGAGCAUCAUCGCCACGUCUGCUAGUCCCUCCUCACUCGUGGAUGUGUACUUCCCUGGCAGAGAUGUCCGCCUCAAGCUCAACCUUUGCUCUGCCGAUGUCAGUGUCCCGGAAGGAAGAAACCUCGUGGUAGUGGACGACAUUUAUGGAUUGGCCGUUGUUUGUGCGCGACAGAGGCUGUUUGUAUUCCAAUAUUAG